AUGAUAUAUUCAUUAGGAACGAGCAUCACGGUUGAUGCGUUCAAAUAUGGUAAAAUUCCGGACUGCACUGCAUAUUUUUUAAGCCAUUUUCACUCUGAUCAUUAUUGUGGAUUAUCUUCGAAAUGGUCGCAUGGGCCCAUAUAUUGCUCUGCAGUUACUGCAAAUCUGGUGGUUCAACAGUUGCGUGUCAACGAUCGAUAUAUCAAGAGAUUACCAUUAAACGAGGAAAUUGAGAUCGAGGGAACUGACAUUAACGUCACUUUGAUUGACGCAAACCAUUGUCCAGGGUCUGUACUAUUUUUGUUCAAGGAUAAACUCGCCAGCGGAGAAAUAAUGCGAUAUCUUCAUACUGGAGAUUUUCGUGCUUGCCCACGCCACGUCCUUCACUCGGCAGUAAGGCAAUCUAUCAACCCAGAAAUUGAUAUCCUCUAUUUGGACACCACAUAUUUGAACCCGAGCUAUUGUUUUCCAGCUCAAGAACAGGUUGUGAAUGCUAUCAUAGAUUUUGUCAAAAAGGUAGUGAAAAAUGGAGAGCCGCUUCCCAUGAAACAGAAUAAAAACAAAAAAAAUCAGCAACGGGAUAAGUCGCAGCUUUCAUUGACCCAAUGGAUUACGCGUAAAUCGCAGUCAUCUUCGGAUGGUGUAGAUCCAACUAGAAGGGUGAUCUCUGGAGAGAUAUUGGAAAGAGGAUUGUCUGCCAACGAACCCACCAUGGAACAUAAAGAACAAGAACAAGUUAGGUUGGAGGGCAGUAAAAUUUUGAUAUUAGUUGGUACAUAUUUGAUUGGUAAGGAGAAGGUCUUUCAAGGAAUCGCACGGGCUCUUAAUUCAAAAAUUUACGCGUCAGAUUCUAAACGAAAGAUCCUCUUAUGUCAAGAAAACCCAGAAUUGACUUCGUUACUAACGAAUGACCCCCGUGAAGCAUCUGUUCAUGUUGUUCCUAUCAAGUUACUAAGAUACGAUAGCUUGCAGGCUUAUCUCAAGGAUCUCGAACCGACAUUCAAAUAUAUAAUGGCGUUUCGACCCACUGGAUGGUCAUUUAGGUCUUCCGAAGAAGUAAAAGUAACAGAUAAAAGUAACACACAGGAUAUACUGAAUAAGACAUCUGCCUACACCAUGGACUCAAUUUCACCGUCCAAUAAUUCCCGUACGUGCCAGAUAUUUGAAGUUCCUUAUUCUGAGCAUUCAAGUUUCCGCGAACUUGCAGCAUUCGUUACGUCAUUGAAUGUGAAAAGGAUAAUACCAACAGUUAACAAUGGGUCUGAAAGAAGUCGCGCAGAAAUGGAAAGUUGGUUAAAUCAAUGGCAGAAUAAUAAGAUAAAUAAAAAAAUUGAUGUUGUGCCUUAUCCUGAC